ACCGCAAAACCCCACUCCCCAAAGUUACUCUGAAAGAACGCAUCUUCAGUCUUUCUUUCUUCUUCCCCCCACACCCUAUUUUUUCAAAUCUAGGGUUUCCUCUGCAUUUAGGGUUUCUUGCUCAGCAAUCUCAAAUGGCGGCAAUCGCAGCUCCCCAAUACCGAUCUUCCAAGACGGAGUCCUACGUCGACAACAAGCGCAAGGAAGACAUUCGCCACGCCAACAUCGUGGCCGCUCGUUCCGUCGCCAACGCUGUGCGCACCAGUCUCGGCCCCAAGGGUAUGGACAAGAUGAUCUCCACCUCGUCAGACGAGGUUAUCAUUACCAACGACGGCGCCACCAUCCUCAACAAGAUGCAGGUCAUCCAGCCCGCAGCCAAGAUGCUCGUCGAGCUCUCCAAGUCGCAGGACUCCGCUGCCGGCGACGGCACUACCACGGUCGUUGUUAUCGCCGGCGCCCUGCUCGAGCAGUGCCUCCUUCUACUCUCCCACGGCAUUCACCCCACCGUCGUCUCCGACUCCCUCCACAAGGCCGCCGUAAAGGCAGUGGAUGUCCUCACCGCCAUGGCUGUCCCCGUGGAGCUCUCAGACCGCGACUCGCUCGUGAAGUCCGCCAGCACCUCUCUCAACAGCAAGGUCGUGAGCCAGUACUCCACGCUUCUCGCGCCCCUCGCCGUCGACGCUGUUCUCUCCGUCGUUGAUGCCGCCAAGCCCGACAUGGUUGACCUCCGCGAUGUCAAGAUCGUGAAAAAGCUUGGCGGCACCGUGGACGACACGGAGCUUGUGAAAGGGCUCGUCUUCGACAAGAAGGUUAGCCACGCGGCGGGGGGACCCACCCGCAUGGAGAACGCCAAGAUCGCCGUCAUCCAGUUCCAGAUAUCGCCACCGAAAACCGACAUCGAACAGAGCAUCGUGGUGAGUGAUUACUCUCAGAUGGAUAGGAUUUUGAAGGAGGAGCGUAGUUAUAUCCUUGGCAUGAUUAAGAAGAUCAAGGCCACUGGUUGUAAUGUGUUGUUGAUUCAGAAGAGUAUUUUGAGGGAUGCUGUUACUGAUUUGUCAUUGCACUACCUUGCAAAAGCUAAGAUUUUAGUGAUUAAGGACGUGGAGAGGGAUGAAAUUGAGUUUAUUACCAAGACCUUGAAUUGCUUGCCCAUUGCUAACAUUGAACAUUUCCGCGCUGAGAAGUUGGGUUAUGCCGAUCUUGUGGAAGAGGUUUCUCUUGGGGACGGGAAGAUUGUGAAGAUUAAUGGUAUUAAGGAGAUGGGGAAGACCACUACGGUGCUCGUUCGUGGGUCUAAUCAACUUGUGCUUGAUGAGGCGGAGCGGAGUUUGCACGAUGCUUUGUGUGUUGUUAGAUGUUUGGUUGCCAAGAGGUUUCUAAUUGCUGGCGGUGGGGCGCCAGAGAUCGAGCUUUCGAGGCAGUUGGGUGCCUGGGCUAAGGUGUUGCAUGGAAUGGAGGGUUACUGUGUGAGGGCAUUUGCUGAGGCACUGGAAGUUAUUCCCUAUACUCUUGCAGAAAAUGCUGGUUUGAACCCCAUUGCCAUUGUUACUGAGCUGAGGAAUCGCCAUGCGCAAGGUGAGAUAAAUGCUGGAAUCAAUGUGAGGAAGGGUCAGAUCACCAAUAUCUUGGAGGAGAAUGUGGUGCAACCCCUGCUUGUGAGCACAAGUGCGAUUACCUUGGCAACUGAGUGUGUGCGGAUGAUUUUGAAGAUUGAUGAUAUUGUAACUGUGCGGUAGAGUUGAUUGAACAAUGAGACAUUUGGUUGGAGAGAAACAGAUUCAUCCAUUAUCUAUUUUGUCUUUCGUGCUUCUAUUUUAUGUUGUUAGUUUAUGUUCUUUCUAGUGACUUUUGGUUAAGGUGUUUUGACUUACAUUAGUUGCUGCUGUUGUUUUACAAUUUUGAAUGUCCUUAUGGAUGCUUGCUCGAGUUAUCCGAUUCAGAAGCCUUUCUUAAUGUGUGUGGGAGUUUAGUUGAUAAUUUUUGUCUGAAUGUCAGUUUCGAUUGUGUUCGUGCUUC